UACAGGAAGGAUUUGACGGCUCUGCUGGAGAAGGGGGGUUUGACAACUGUCUCCCACAGAGUGUUUAGGAGCUGGCAUUGCCCUGAGGCUCUCUCUUCCACGCCUCACUCCCAGGGCCAUCUCUGAAGCUUUACAAGGCAGAGGCCCCUCUGGAGGGCCUUGGCUUGGGAUUGCUCCAGGCCACAGUUAAAAGGCUGGAGGACACAUUUGGGCUAAAGAAAAUGGAGAGCGCAGGAUGGAGUGAAAACAAUCUUGUCAGCCCCAAACCCAAAUGCAAAUAUCAGCUCCAUUCUUUAUGGAGGCUUUGUGACAAGGUAGCUCUUUUCAUAGAUAGAUAUCUUGGUGAUUUGGAUUAAAAGUCAACUUGAAAUACAUUUGUAAAGAUGUGAAGAAAAGCCUAGCCUGCUUUUUGUUGUUGUGUUGUGAGGAAAAACCGCUGGUGAAAUUUUUCUUGCCCUUGUUCUGUGGUUUGUAUUUUUUUUCCUACCAUCUUUUUGUUGUUUUCAGGCACUGAGUUGCAGCUCAGUUUUCCUCUGACUGUCCUGUGAUCCUACUGCUUGCAUGUUUGCAGCUCCUCGCUGUUCUCUGUCUUCACAACUGGCGCAGUUGUUCUCGAAGGCAGCUGCCUUCUUCCUGCAGCGUACAAUGAAAUGAAAGCCUAUGUUAAUCCAUAGCUACCUGAGUUUUCUCUCUAAUGCUACUAAUGGUGGUCUUCGCAACUUAGAGUGGAUUGUGUUCUUGCUGUGAAGAAUAAUUGUCUUCUCAGGCUCCUGAAUAUCUCUGGAAGGGUUUUAUUUGGCUCUGACAUAAUUUUGAGUUGCAAACAGUAGCUGGAAAUUAAAUUUUAGUAGUGGUGCCUGAAUUUAUCUGGAAGGGGUUUAUUUGCCUCUAACGUAAUUGUGAGUUCCAAAGAAUAGUUGGAAAUUAAAUUUCAGUGGUGGUCUCUAAGAGCUGCUCAGACAGUUUGAGGAGAGCUUUGAAAAUUAAUUAGGUUUUAACUGAGUGAAGUGUUGCAUGAUAGUCUUUAUUUUCCUAUAGGACACUUAAGACUUGCCCUCAGCUCCCUGAUACGGGGAUAGUACCUGCCAGCCUGCCAGGUUCCAUAGCACAUGGUGGGAAGGCACUGGCUGAAUCCAGUCUAGAGCACUGAUUGCAGAGUGGUGGAGGCUGGAAGGCAUCUCUGGAGGGGUUCUAGUCCAACACCACCCCUGUUCAAGCAGGGCCACUUAGAACAGGUUGCCCAGGACCAUGUCCAGGUAGCUUUUGAAUAUCUUCAAGGAUGGAGACUCCACAGCAUCUCUGGGCAACCUGUACCAGUGCCCAGCCAUGCCCACAGUAACAAGGUGUUCAGAGGGAACCUCGUCUGUUUCAGUGUGUGCCCAUUGCCUCUGGUCCUGUCACUGGGCACCACUGAAGAGAGCCUGGUGCCAUCCCCUAUGCACCCUCCCUUCAGAGAUUUAUAUACAAUGAUGAGAUCACUCCUAUAGUUGCCGACUUGAUGUGUUUAUAGAGAUUCUUGCUCUCUGUACUCUCCAGCUGCCCUGCAAGCAGGUUUGGGGUUUAGACAUAGAUGUUCAGAAAAGGAAAAGGGGAAUGAUGUUCUUAUGGGUGAUGUAUGCAUUCCUGAAAACUUCAUGCGUCCAUUUAAGAGAUACUCUUGUUGGAGAGGAUUUAUAAGCAAUUCAUUUUAAAAUUAUUUAUGUUUUUCUUCAGUUGCUAUCUACAGACUUAUCUAGGAUUCUAUCCCUUUAACAGUGUUUUAGCUAUUUCACACAAGGAAUAAGCAAUCUUCUCAGCUAAUUUCUUACUUUUGAUUUUUUUCUGGUAACUCGUAGGACUUGUGUGGUUACAAAACAGUGUAAUCUCUUGAUACUGGCCUAAUCACAAGAGAGUAUGGUUAAUGUAAAGUCAGUAGGAGAACUCAAGCAAAUGACAAUGUUGCUGUUGUAGCUAGCACAGGUGGGUGCAGGACAGUCAGGAUGGGAAGCCAGUGCUUUGCCAGAUAGGCUCUUGGUUUUUUGGCAAGUAAAAUUCAGUUUUAAUGGUGCAGCAUUAUGUUGUAUACCAGCGUUCUUUUAGUGUGUUUGAUAAAAAUGUCGUCUUGGUAAGUGGAGACCUUAACCACUACACUAAAUCCUUUUGGAGAUGUGAGGAGGUGCUUUGAGUGCAUUUAUGUUACAAGAGUUACCGCUAAAAAAUACUGAGGAGCUGUGGUUUUGCAGGCUUCCUGAUGAUGGCUGUAGAGUGCUCCUUCAUUUGGUAAGGAAAAAAAAUUUUCAUCAGCAUUUUUAUCAGGGGCUCAUUAGGGAUGAGCACAGCAGCAAGAAGAUGAUGAGCUGUCAUCUAUUGUUCCAGCUUACAAAUUAAGCCAUUCUCCUACCAAUAAGCGCAAGCCUUAUCCAAACAUCCCUGCAGGCAGACUUGCACAACAUUCCACCCUCCUUAUCACGGCACUUCUGCCUCUUGUCUGAGACGUCUGGAGAUUAACCAACCCUUCUGGUGGAUGGCGGGUUAAGAAAAAUGCCUCAUUCAGAAAACUUGUAGAGCUAAUUAAAAGUAAGCUGUAUCUUGCUGACUGACACCAAAGCUAUAUAGUAUUUAGAAAAUCUGAAAGGCAAGGUGAAAUUAGUAGGGGAAAAUUGCUUCUUUGGUACCUGAAUGUACAUCCAGUGUCUGAAGUGGCAAUUACUUUAUGAUACAUGAUCACAGUUAUGUUGGAGUCUGAAAGUUAAUGGGCUUCUGCUAUCUGAAGAAACACUUUAAAUGAGAUACUCAUUGUUGCACUGGGCUGAUAAGGGCUGCUACAAACCCUGCCUACAGUACUGAUCUGAAUGACUCUUGCUGUAACACCUCUUAGUCACGCUCUCCCUGCUUGUGUCCGGAGGGUGAAGCUGUACAUAGGCUGAGUCACGUUUUAGAACUGCAAUAGAUUUCCCAUGUUCUGUUUCCUCUGUUUGACAGAGAAACUGAGGGAUGGCUGAUCUUUAACAAAACUUUUUCUCCUGGUAUCUGCUCUGUGCAGAUGCUUCAUGUGAACAUGCUUUGGUGCACAUGGAAGGUUAAGCAAUGGGUCUGGCUGGGAGGUUUUCCGUGCUUGUCCCUGCAGUCUACACUCCAGCAGUAUCAAAGAGGCCUCAUCUACAAAAGCUGUGUGGCAGCAUGGCUCACAGGAGGGUACAUGGAGAUGGGUGAGGGACGUGGCCCUCUUAGCCUGCUGUAUUUUGUGGAGAACAGUGUUUUGAUGUCCUUCUUUGCCAGGCAGUUUAUCUUCCAUCUGGUUGACCAUUCUCCUCAAUGCACAGAGUUUGUCAUGGUCUUCUGCCAUGAUAGAUGGCACCAGCAGAUCUUUGUGCCUCUGUAUUUAGAUAACCACUGAGAAUGUGGAUGGGAAGGAGGCAAGAUGCAUGUCUUGUUCUUGUCCUGUGUCUGCACACCACACAAGCUCUGACCUUACAGUGACUGGCUGGGUGCAGGACCGGGAAAGUGAGAAACUCGGAGUGGAGGCUGCUGCAAAUCAGAGCUGGUCAUAGUAGAUCAUAACAGAACAUACAGGUGAAGGAUGUAAAGAAUUUUGGUGUUGUGGUCCCUGCAGUCUCCACUCCUGAAAUAUGUCCCAGUUGUAUGGUGUCCUUAGCUUUCAAGGCCUUAUGUUCAAUGACCAUAAUAAUUGUAAGGGUAAAGAAAACAUGGAAUGUGUGUGCAAGAGCAAAUAUGGUCUUUGUGUGCCUGUGCUGGGCAUUUUAUGGACUCUAGGUUAAAUAAAAACAGAGUUUAGCCAAUCCUGUAUUCUCAAUAUGUAUUUAUUGUUUAAAAAUUAAGCCUAUGACCUCCUUCCCUCUUUUGACCAGAGAGAACAAAGUGGGUGGAAAUUAGUGGACUGCAAUCAAUAUCUAAACUUUCACAGCUGAGAAACACCUUGUAGGAAGUAGUCCUGCACCUGACCCUGUUUCAGAAACUUGGAGUGAAAGUUCAGACCUACUGACUAGUGUUGAAGAGCUAAGGAGUGUGUUUCUCCAGAGGGGGCAGCCAUCAGCCCUGGAUCUUGUUUACUUCUUGCUGGGCUGUUUUCUCACAUCUCAAAAGUGUUGAUAGUGCUCCAGUUGUGUGCCUGUGUUUAAUACAUAGAGGUAUUUUAUUUUUCCCCUCUGUUAUUCUGCCAAGGAGACUCUAACAAAUCCUUCUGUUAUGCAGGAUUUGGCUAACCAUUGUACCCAAAAUACCGCAUGGGUAUAUGUAUUCUUGUGAUUUUGGCGAUUUAGUAUCAGUGUCAUAGAUGAGGAACUGCGGCUGUGAGAAAUCAAGUUACACAUUUAAGUCAGGUAGGAAUGUUGCCAGGGCUGGAAACUAAGCCCCAGUGUACUAAACUCUGCUUCCACACCCUCAUUACAAAGGCAGCACUUUUUCUGUGCUCAAAAUUAACAGGACUGAGUAAGCAAUUGCACCUUGGAUCUCUAUGCUGACCCCCAGGAUAACUGCUGUAAACCUUGUCUCUGAUAUGUUGCUGGAUCUCUGUGUCCUGGCACCACAGGAUGCGAAAGGCAAGAAAGGCUUUUAAAAUUGCUGAGCUGGCCUUUAUGUAGCCCAUGCUGCUCAUGUGGCGUCUGUGUUGUGGGUAGUCCUUGACUUGGCUCUGUUUUCUGUGUAGAAGGCUUCCUGCAGAGCUGACUAAGGUGUCACUGCUGAGCUGUAUCACCUUGUCUGACCACGUCUUUGGUGUGACUCUUGUCAACUCUCACUGCUGUCAUGUUUGGGAUUGGGCUGAACAAUGUCAAUCACAAGCAGGUAAGACAUGGGUAGAAUGCAAUGCUCUUGGGAAGGUAAAUAGCAACGCGGGUGGCGUGCAGGCUGAGCAGCAAGCUUACUGGUGCUGAACACCAUUACAAAACCUUGUUGGUGAAAGGUUUGUUCUUCCCUGUCCCUAUGCGUGGAGGUUCAGCUCCCCACAGUGAGGAGGGUUCCCAUUCCCCCUGCGCCCUCCCACAGCCGCAGAAAUGGGGCUGGGAUGGGGCUGCUGGGGCUGGUCUGGCAAUGGUCACCACGGGCAGGCCACACCACCUUGCACAGGGAGGAGGGCUAGGGGUUCAUCAUCUAUGGAAAUAAAGAAAUCAAGCAAGCAGACCUGUAUUUAUUUACUGCUGUUGAACAAGCUACUGGUUGGAAGCAGCCUGUUUAACUAUUCCAGUACUAAGCAUUUUCUGUUUAUGUAAGCCAUGUGAACACUUCAUCGUAUUUAGGCUUAAUGGGGGGAAAAACUGCGUCUUGCAGGAAGCUGAUGGGCUGUCUUCUGGAGGAACCUUAUUCAAAGGUAGCUAGUCACUCUGAUGUAUUCUAAAAUCCCGAAAAAUGCCUUAAAAACCAAAACCAAACAGAAUCAAACAAAUAAAACCACCAGAGGGAAUGAGUCUUCUUUCAAAAGAGAUCUCUUAGUAGGAUUAAAUAAUAACAAAUAAAAAAUUUCCUCUAGUUGCUGAGAGAAAUGGUCACUGAUUGACCAUGGUGUUAGUCCCUGAGCAAGCCGCCCCCCAAAAGCCAGGCUGUGAGCACUUACUGCCCAUAAGGCUAUGGGGCUGGCUAUUUGCUGUCUAAUCCUUUUGCUUCAGGAAACUGGCAUCUUAUUUUCUGUCUUCCUGUAAGUCUCCUGAAGUGGUGCUAUAUCCACAGUGAACAGUUUGAUUAAUCAGACUCAUGGACCAUCCAGUGUGGAUCUGGGUGUAUUUGAAGGGGUGGGACUGGUGGAGGGCUUUGGAACAGGGCACUGAGACCACGUGGUUGUCACCAAGGGAUGAUGUCAAAUGGGGUUAUAAAUCUACAGAGGCUCUUCACUUUAAUGCCCAUCUGCUGAAUAACUUUUCUUUGAGCUCUGCAGGACAGGUCUGACCCCAUCUAACACUAAAAAUAUGAUUACAUGCGAAAGAAACCUCGUUUGUCAGUGUAUCACACUAGAGAUGGAUUGAUGCCGGUUGCUUUUGUUCUACUUAAAAGAGCCUCUGUACACAACUGUACAUCUGGGAAGCUGGAGCAUCAUUUUGAUAGGUACACAUGACAUUUUGUCUUUGCAAGAAUGAUACACCAUAAAUGAAACCUGAGCAGGAACCUCUCUUUAUUUCUCCAUGUUGUUCCAGGUACCUGCUAAUACCUCUCGUAAUUGCUAAUGGUUCUCCAGGUUGAAAAUGGCUACAGAGCCUACUAGAAGCUGUAAGAGGAAAGGGAAUCUAGACUGGAAGGCAAGAUCUGAAUCUUUCCAACUCUGCAGCAACUCUGAUCCAAAUCUCAACUUCCUGGCCCCAGCCCAAGUAUUAGGCUGUUCCUUUCUGCAUCGAGUACCUUUCUGUUCUGGGCAGCCUUACAAUAGUAUAACUUUUCACAAAAAAAACCCAAAACAAAACAACAACAAAACAAACCAAAACAAACCCCACCAAACACAAACACCUACCAAACAACUUCAUUGGCUGCAGUUAGCCAAUAUCUGUAUCCUUAAACUGAAAGGGUGUACCUUCCAUUUGAGGGGUGGCCUGUGAUGAUAGAGUGUUAUUUCUGUACCACCUUGCACUACUAUCAGCUUCAAAGUUUUUUUUUUAGCAAAAUUUUAUUGGCUUGAUGUGUAGGAAAAAUAGGGUCAACAUACUAGCAAAUAAUUCCUGUAUCAAUACAACCCAUCUCUCCACAGGAAGGUUUUGUGAGUGAAGCUCCGGUGGUUUCUCUCCAGGAUGUACAGCUGUGUUUCCCCUACAAGCCAUCAAGAGUGAAACAUCCAUCUAAAAUCUUUAAAUUAUUAUUCUGAAACAAAACUGUUCCAGAGAAAGCAGGUGAGCCUGAUCUGUAUCCCUGGAAGGCAGGGCCACCUCAGGUUGCUCUGUGUGUAUUGGAUCCAACCAAGUAAUGGCUUUUUGCCUCUGCCGCUGUCCUUGAGAGGCAAUUCCACAACCCGCUUGCUGUGAUGGUUACACAUCUUCUCAUUUAUUCAUGGCCAAUUUAGGCCCAUUUGUUUUAUUGCAUGCAUCGACCUUUACCAAUGCAUUAAGAGGGUAAAGAAUGCUUGAAACUAGACAGCGGUCAAUUUUUCCCCUUUGCUCUCAUUUAAACAAGUUAAGUCCUUUUAGUCUCCUCUCAUACUAUGAGUAGCUAUACCUGUGAUCAUCUCUCAAGUACAUUUGUGCAUCUCUUCAGGGCCAGGAAAUCUGUUCUGCCAGAAUGGUACAGAAGGGAUCAGGUGUGGGUCUGGUACAAGGACUUGUGUCUGCCCUCGGUUCUGGUGCAGACAGUGGUACGUUCUUUUUGCCAUGGUGUCACACAAUUGUCCUGCUAAGGUCUCAUGUACUUGAGUCUCUUCUCUGCUCUUAUGAAAUGAUGAAGUCCCAGAUUAAAUACACAUUUAUUAUCUCUGUAUACAUGUCUAUGUGCUUUUUGGGCUGUUAGGUUUCAUCAAGAUCUUGCAGCAAAAACCAAAUCUGCUUGUUUGCUUGUGCUUCCCGAAGGAUUUCUGUCUCCUGGAACUUGGAGAACGCACUUCUGUAGGACCCUACUUACCCUGGAGUAACCUUUUUCUCUUGGCUGCAUUUUAUGACAGAGUUCUUUUGAUCCUGAAGAUCUUGGCCAGUUGAAGAAAGCUUUGUAUCUGACAGAACGUUGAAGAACUUUAAGCUGGCCAUUAUGCCGUUAACUUCUGGUUUAGACAGACAAGUUGCUUGGACCUGUUGUGCUGCUCUCCUGUUCUUUCCUUCAGACAGGCCCCUGAUUUAUUUAGAUUAGUACACACAUCAAAUAAACAUUAACAUAACCACUGUUAUUACAAGUUAAUUUGCCAAGACACCAGCAGUUAGGAAAUUCACCCUGCUUCUGUUUAUUGCCCUCAUAUUGCUGGCUCCUGCCCAUGUUUAACUCUUGGUCACUUGACAAAAGCAAGUUGCUCUUCUCCUUUCCUGGCGCUGCCCACUCUGAACAAUUUGCUGUGACUAUCCAGGCCCUUGCUUGUCCUAGAGAUCUCCAGAGGAGACAGUAUCUCAGUUUUUGAUGCUGGCAGCUAGAGGCUAGUUUCUCUCUUGGUCUGUGAAAGAUGAAAAUAAGUAAAGAAGCAAAGGAUGAAAAUCUGCUUUUCCUCACUUGCAAGUCACUGCUAUAGGAUAUUGCAUUGCUGGCUCAGUACAAUGGCAGGGACUCUGGAUCACCCUUACUUCCCCAUGUUCCGUGACUUUUCACUGCACAUUUGUAAAUUAAGGUGAUGCUGUUGGGCCCAGAAUCUUUUUUACCCUUUAUGCAAAGUAUUUUCAGGGAAGCUUUUCCCUCUCCUGGUUAUGAGUAAUAUUUUAUUCUCAGUGCAGUGUGUGGAAUGGUCACUACAGUAUUAAUACUUCUCUUCUUCAAUGCAGUGUUUUAUUCAAGAGUUGGGGCUCAGGUGAGAUAGAUGCAGUAUCUGCUGCUCUCCCCUGUUCUCCACUGUCUCCCAUAAUGUCACUCUGAGAUGGGCUUUGAUGUUUCUCAGGACACGUCUUGUCUGGGACCAAAAGGCUGGUCACGGACAGGGUGACAGAAAGUAACAUAGCACUGAGUUUGCUGACUCUCAUCUAAUGGCCAGUACUGACACUUCUCAGGGACCUGCAUCUAUAAUUUCUCUAAUACCACAUGCAGCCUGUGAGCUUGAGGCAGACUGUCUGCUUUUCUUCUGUUUAAGAUGCUUUGCAAGUGCCUGUGACCGCAUAAAGCUCGGUGAGCCUGUGUCUGCUGCUGUGAUCCAGCCUACGGUAUGUCCUGGGUUUCUAAUCUCUGGGAAGGAGAAAGGACCAUGUGUCCGCAGUGUGUCACUUCUGAACAUCUGCCUUGGAAGGGCAGUUAUAGCAUCAAAAUCGAUUCGCAUAGGAUGGAACAAGUUAAAACAGGAGCAGAAGCCUCACAGCCCGUAUGCGUCUGUAUUGUAUACAAUACCCCAAAAUUCCAGAUGCUUUACCAGGCACAAUACAGGCAGUUCUUCCCCAAAUCCUAAUCCCGGAGGGAAGGCAGGAUGCAGGAAGGAACAAUAUGAUGCUAAUAUACUGUCCUCUGGGCAUAACAAAAGUCAGGUUCUUUUGGAAGACUGUGUUUGUAUCUCUUCAGUGAGGGAGGGUUUCAAGAGAGGAACAAUGGCUUGGAGAACCAGAAUAAAAAGCUUCUUGUGGGAGUACUAAACAGGAGAUGAAUGGAGACUCACCUGAGCCAUGUGACAUAUUCCUAUAUCUCUGUGCUGUGGCCAAGAGGGAGCUGGUACCCAAGAGGCAGGGCAGAGGCUGUGCUUGUCACAUCUCCAAGAUGCAGCAAGGCACAGAGACAGGCAGAAUUUCAUGCUCUAACAGUGAUCAGCAAUGGCCCUUUAAGGCUGAGAAUGGCGUGCAGCAUGGACACUGCCCAGUCCAAACCCAGUAGCCACGUGAACUGGACCUGGGUGGGCAGUGCCAGUCUGGCACAGCAAAAGCCUCCUGGUGGCAGAGGGUAUCUGAUGGAACUUGCUGGCUCCUACCCACUCUGCUUCCCUUUUCCUCAGGACAAAUGAGAAGAACCUGUCUCCAAGCAUAAGAUUUUGGGAGUAUGUGUCAGAGAUGCCUGACACUAAAACGUCCGUCUCGCCCUGAUUUCUGCCCAGGGUUCUGCAAUGUCGAGUGACAUAACCUUCCAAGCUGGCUCCGGUGCAGCGGUAUUUUGGCUUAUGUUAUUGCUGGGAGCUUUCUCUCUGGUGAGCUCUUUCUGCUUCCCUGCGUUCCUGAUCUCUGGCUCUCUUCGCUCUUUUUUUUUCUUCUUUGCCUGGGAUGCAUUCUGUCUGUAAUGCAUCAGGAAGUAAUACGCAAUGAGGAAACUCUCAUCAUCUGUGCAUCAGGGAGAGAAUUAUUGACUGAGUGCUGAGCAGUCAAGUUAUUGAUUCAAACCGUAGCCCAGUCUCUCCGUCUGCCGCUUGGAGUGGCUGGUUACGUCCUUCUGGUUCAUUGCAUUUAAUCGGAUUCCCUGAGCUGCCACGCAGAGGGAGAGAGUUAGAACCAGAUCCUGCUAUAAUGUUUGCUUCAAAAUCCAGCUCCGUUUCCCCUUCUCCAUCCAUGGAGCAGGCAGAUUCAGAUGCUCUGGACAUCAGCACCAAGGUGCAGCUCUACGGCGUGCUCUGGAAGAGACCUUUUGGGAGGCAGUCGGCCAAAUGGUCCAGGAGGUUCUUCAUCAUUAAGGAGAGUUUCCUGCUCUACUAUGCUGAGAGUGAGAAGAAGAGUUUUGAAAGCAAUAAAUACUUCAAUAUCCACCCCAAGGGUGUCAUACCUCUGGGAGGCUGCAUUGUGGAGCCCAAAGAAGAGCCCAACAUGCCUUAUGCCAUAAAGAUCUCUCAUGAAGAUUUCCAUGGUAACAUUGUUCUAGCAGCCGAGUCAGAGUUUGAGCAGGCUCAGUGGCUAGAGAUGCUACAGGAGUCUGGAAAAGUGACCUGGAAGAAUGCCCAGCUGGGAGAAGCCAUGAUUGAGAGCCUGGAAGCCCAAGGGCUGCAGCUGGCCAAGGAGAAACAGGAGUAUUUAGAUAAGCUAAUGGAAGAAACAGAAGAGCUGUGCCUGCAGAGGGAGCAAAAAGAGGAACUUGAGCGUCUGAACCAGGUGCUGGAAGCAGAGAAGCAGCGGUUUGAAGAGGUGGUACAGGAGCUGCGGCUGGAGCAGGAACAGAUCAGACGGGAGCUAGAGCUCACAGCCCGCUCCCUUAAAGGAGUGGAGGAAGAAAAGAAAGAGUUGCGAAGCCUGACACAGUCCUUACAGAAAAACCUAGAGGAGCUCUCCCUGGAAAAGCAGCAAAUGCUGGAGAUGCUGGAAGAAAAUGAGAGUCAGCUCCCACCUCCCAUCAGCCCCAGCAAAGAGCAAAGCCCCAUCUGGGGACUGCGCUGCAGCCUGCGACAGAUUGAAGAGAAGAUGCAACAACUUCUGGAGGAGAAACUCAUGGCAGAGAAGAGGAUGAAGGAGAAUGAGGAGCGGUCUCGAGCGCUGGAGGAGGAGCGGGAGUUUUACUCUUCCCAGUCACAAGCGCUGCAGAACUCGCUCUCGGAGCUGACUGCAGAGAAGCAGCAGACGGAGAGAGACCUCAAGGCUGAGGUGAAGGUGCGCAUGGAUCUGGAGAAGAGACUGAGAGAAGCUGAGGAAGCAUUGCAGAGCUUAGAGCAAGGCUUAAAUUCUCUGGAUCGCAACAAGGAGAAAGAGGAAAAGAUGAAAGCAGAUGUCAGUAACUUGAGAAAGUUCUUUGAAGAGUGCAUCCGCAAUGCCGAGCUGGAGGCCAAGAUGCCUGUGAUUAUGAAGAACUCUGUGUACCUCCACAAGGCUGCCACUCGUCGCAUAAAGAGCUGCCGCUUCCACCGCCGGAGAGCCAGCACUUCAUGGAAUGACUUGAAGCAGUCCCAGUCCUUCAUCUUCUCCCAUUCAGAAGCUGAAAGCAUAGAGGAGCUGAAAGAAGCGGCCAAAAGAUUGAGCCAGGACCAGCACUUCAGAGAAACUCUCUACCAAAUCAUGAGGUCGCAAAAGGAUUCUGCUUCAGGGGAUGAAAAGUGACUCUUGGUGGGAAGGGGCUUCUGAUCUCAACUUGCCAUUCAGCCCCUCAAAAGUUACACCAUCAGGUGAUAGCAUCAGAAGGGAGAGUUGCCCUUUGGGUGGGGAAAGUGGGGGAAGGUUGUGUGUAGGUAAUUCCCUCAGUUAGUGGCUUUGCUUUAGUUUGAACACUCCCUGUACCCUAGCAGACCUCUGCUGAUCACUCCAGAUCUGUUUGCUUCAGCUGCUUACAUUAAGCCAUGUUUUGCCAAGAUACCACGGUCAGUGUUAAAGUAAACCACAGACCGUAGCUUAGGAAGUGCCUCUUCUUUCCUUUCCUGUCCAAUCUGUCUGCCAAACACAAGUGCUUCUGCAAAAGCCCUUUAUCAGCCUGUGCUCCAGCCAAUGUAACCUCCCCGACUGGACACAGCUUACCCUGUUCUGCCUCAUCUCCUCUAGGAAACAUCUCACUGCACACCCCUAGUCAUCAGCACUUCAGUGGGACACAUUUCCUGAAGACUGCAGCGGUUCCAGCCUCCUAAGCACAGGCAACAGUAUCAAACACAAAGCAAUCUCUUGAUGCUACAUAAUUUCAAGCAAAUAUUAUCAACACAAGGUGAAGAUAAGCUGAGGAUGCUGUGGAUUUGGCUCCAAGGAUGAUCAUGUGCAGAGAAAAGCUUAUAGGUAAUGCAGUGGCAUCAAUGCAAAUGGGAGGGAGGGUUGCUUUGUGCUGACUGUGGGCAGCACAUCCUGGAACCACCUUCGUACUUGUUUUGCAUUGGAACAUCUGGCUGUGUCAUUGAUGGAGGAGUAGAGCUAUGUGCUGCAGAAGGUGUUAUCUAUAGGCUACUUCAGUGUGGAGGAGCCUUUAGCUCAGAUGGCCUCCUCAUCACCUCUGUAAAACACUGAUGGGUUUAAAACUCACAUGGAUGAGUGUCCAACAACAAACCCCAUCAGCAUUUGGAGAAUUAAACCGUGGCAGUAGCAAGCUGUCAGGGCUGCGGAGGUGGGCAAAGUAAUUUCUGUAUGUACUGCUGUCAAUAACCUAUGUCCAAGGCUUUGUACUGCUCUCUACCAGUCCACUUAACUGCAAUCCAGGUUAUCUUGGUCAAACUGGGACCUCUAGGAAGUCAAGGCUGGAUUGGGAGAGGCACUAUGGACAGCCUUGUCAGUGGUAGGCUUCUGGCUGGCUUCUGUCCCCUCCCAGGUGCUCACCAUGUGGUUAUCACAGGGGAGGCUUGUCCUGCAUGUGAUCAUCUUGUAUGUCACAGGAGAGGAAACACUUUUCUGUGGAAACCUUGCAGCCUCUCCCACCUUCUUUAAGCACGCAGCUGGCUACGGGAUGCUUACAGGGCAUGUGACAAGAACACUCAGAGCGAUGCUGUUAUCCUUGGGGUAUAAAUUGGGAAACAAAGGUAUAAAUGAUACAAAGGUGAUGCAGUUACCAGCAGAGGUACAGUUAGGUCUCAGGUGCUCUCAAGUGCAGAUUUACUGGGGUGUUCUGGCCUGUACCUCUCAUGAGUAGUCCUGGGUAUUGCAUAUGUCCAGUGACUCCGGGGUAGCUCCUUUCAUGUCCCAUGCAGACUGUGAUGCUGUCUGGUCCCAGGCUUUGACUUCUGGCCACCUAACUCAUUCCCUACCAAUUCAGUGCUGUUUCUAGGGAGAAAUCAGGGAUGAGGCAGGGAAGGGAGCCCUGGCUUGCCAGCCACAGGAGAGGUGCUGAUGCUGGGUGGAGGAGUGUACUGAGAGGGUGUGAUGCUCCUAGAGAGAGUAACUCUGCUGAGACCAGAGGAAAAGCAUUGAAGGCACAGCCUGUAUUUUCCAUUUCGGGCAGUUACUGACCAGUAUACUUCUGCCAGGCAAUGGGAGGUUUUAUAUAAUCUGAGGGUCCAGCACCAAAGGCUGACAUUUUUGUGAUGACAGAUGAUAAAAUUGGAAAAAAUAAUUUGCAUCUCUCCUGAUCCUUAUGUGUCUUUCCCACUCAUGAUUGUGUGCUGGAAAGCCACAAAUGAAUUCUUGCUCCUACAAUGCUGAAUGGCUGUGAGAAAGCAAUCCAGAGCUGGUUUUCCCCUUGACACUGUCCUCACAUAAUCUCUGGCUAUUUUCCAGUUACGAGGUCUAUAUUAUGUGAUGCUGGAAGGGACAGAAAAAAGGACAGCCGGGGAGCAUAUCUGUAAUUCAGGCAAGUUAGGAAAAAUCACCCUGUGGCUAGGGAAUGCAGCACCUUUUGAUCUAUUACCAUCAAAAGCCACAAUAUCAGACUUUACAGAAGUAUUGUACUCCGGAAGUAGCCACAUCAAGUCUUCCUUUACUGUGCAUAUUGACAGCAAUAAAUAAAUAAAAGUUAUGCUAACACUA